AUGGGGCCCCCGGCAAUAGGGGAUCAUGGGGCCCCUGUGUCUUUGCCCAAAAAAAAAGCCUAUGAAAAAGGUACCAGGGGCAUCUCAUGGGGCCCCCUACUGACCCCGGGCCCUCGGGCGGUGCCCGAGUUCCCAAAUGGUCAGUCCGCCCCUGGUCACAACUGUUUUCAGCACAAACUGAAUUUAGUGAAUAGUGAGUUUAGUAAAGGAUCUUUUUAUUUUAAAUAACAAAUAUUUUAUACUUACCUGCUCUUUGCAAUGGUUUUGCA